UUCGCCCCUGAUGCAUCUCCUUAAAACCGCCAUCGAUCCAUCUUUAUGGGCUUCCUCUAACCGCCGUCGAUCCACCGACGGAUGCGAGGCGUGGAGCAGCGGUGGAGGACUCGUCUUGUUCAUGACCAGAUCUGUACCUGAGGAGUUCAAGCUGGAGAGUAGCCGUCAAAGCUUCCUUUGCCAGGAUCCGUCGUCUCCGGAGUCCGCCGCCGAUGAAGCUGUACCAAGCAUCCGUUGUUUCCGAAGUUUAAGCCGGAGAGUUAUCGGAUUGGAGCUUGCGGGUGGUGGGAAGUCGACGCUGGAGGAUGAUAGAUUAGUCACGAUA